ACCCUGCCACCUCUCUGGCUUCAAACAGUGUUCUGGGGACCUUAUUUUCCUCUGAGGACAGCUCGCCAUAAAUAAAUAUUUCUGAGUUUGUAUUAUUACCAUUUAUAUUGAGUUUCCACAAACUUCAGGGUGUAAAUAAGUCUUUUCACAUCAGUUGGGACAUUUGAAGGCUUCUGCAGACUUUGAGUAAGCCACAGCUGCAUGGAGCCAUUUUGUGUCAACCCAUCCACCUCAAUCGUUGUGACCAUUGUGUUCAUUGCGUCCCAAACCAUCGUUGAAGUCAGCUGAAAGGUGGUGCGGACCUGGUCUCGCAGUGUUGCACGGAGGAAACCUCCUCCAUCUGCCGGUGAUGCGCUCACAGCCGGAGGAAUCAGGGGCGGGCUUUACGCUGCGACGCACGGUGUGGCCGAUCGAUAGUAGAAACCCGACUGUGUGCGCAUCCUCCUCCUCCUCCUCCUCCUCCUCCUCCUCAUCAUCAUCCCGGCAUCUCUCUCCUCCAUCCACACAACUCUCUCCUGUCUCUCGUCUCCAGCCCUCACAAUGACCUUCAGUCUCUCUGGCUGAAUGUUGUCCGGCUGGGCUCGUUGUCCGCUGUGUCUGCGUUUCCUCUCCUCCUCCUUCUGGUUCUUCUUCUCCUCCUCGCGGCUGCUGCUGUGGAGGGGGACAACCUGCGCUGCGUCGGCACCACUGCGGACUGUUUUGGGUUUAGGUGAAAAGAUGGCACCACCAUCCAUCACCCUGCUUCCUGAGAAGAAAUCUCCGACCAACGGCCACAGCUCUCCGGCUCGGACUGGAAGAACGACUCCAUCCAGCGCGGAGAAGAAGCCACACAUUAAUGGACACGCUUCCCCGUCGCACUUGGCGGCUCACAUCAGCAACAACCAUGCAGGUAAACAAAUCGUUGAUGGUUAUAUGAAGACGGACGACAGGAUGCGAUUGGCCAAAGAGAGGCGUGAGGAGAGGGAGAGAAGCCUGGCGGCCAGGGAGCAGCUGAUCAGGGAGAAGGAGCGCAGAGCUCGGCUGCAGUACGAACGCACAGUGGAGGAGCGCUGGAGGCGGCUGGAGGAGCAGAGGCAGAGAGAGGAGCUCCGCAGAGCCGCAGUGGAGGAGAAGAGGAGGCAGCAGCUCGAGGAGGAGAGGGAGCGUCUGGAGGCCCUGAUGAAACGCUCUCUGGAGCGAAGCCUUCAGCUGGAGCAGAGGACCAAACGCUGGAGCAGAGGCUGCCACCCAGGAGCAGGUGACAGUGAGAAUGCCCCACUCCCUUUCUCUGCUGCCUCCGCCUUUUCCCAUGGCAUUGCCUCCCCCCUUCCUGCUGUCAGCGAAUCUGCACCCUGCAGCCCACACAGGUCACCUUUCUGCACAUCACUAAACCCUACAGACAGAGCUGGACUUCAGGGAGGCUCGCAGUCCACUCCCAAUACCCCCAAGAAAGAGCGUCUGCGCAGAGAAAGAAGAACCGCAUCCCCCGGUUGCGGAUCCCCUGUGAGAAGAUCUGAAUCCCCUGCUAGUACCACCAGGCACUUGGCUUCCCCGACUACCUCCAAGCUGGCUGGCAAGAUGCGCGCCCAGUCUCCGAGCAACACACAUCAGUACCACUGCUCUCCUACAAGACAUCGUUCGAACCUGUUAAACGACGAUAGGAGAGCAGAGGACAAGAAGGUGGCAAAACACGGCGAACAGUCCAAAGAGGAGACCACAGUGAGGAAGAAUGACAACAACGUCACAAAUCUGUCUUUGCAAGUGGAGAAGAAUGUGCUCAACAAUGAAGCCACUAAACCCAGGUCAUCCAAAGUUGAUGCUAUUAAUAAGCAUCUCAGAGGCGACUCCGCUGAAAGAAAUCUGUCCCCUGACAGGAGGGACAACAUGUCUCCCAGAGUGGAGUCCUCAGAGAAGAAGACACAGAACAACGCUCAGGACGGAGACAAGAAAAAAGAAUCAGAACCAUGCACGUCCGCAGCCAAGAUGGCAGCUGGCACAACGAACGCAGAGGAGGCGACCAGGGUGCUGGCUGAGCGUCGGCGCCAGGCCCGUGCUCAGAAAGAACUGGAGGACGAAAAACGGAAACAAGAAGAAGAAGAAAGAGUUAAAGAAGAGCAGCGGAGGAAGCAACUGGCACAGCAGGAGCAGCGGCAGCAGGAGGCGAAGGCUCAACAAGCGAAGGAGAAGGCAAAAACUGAGGAAGAGCUUCACCAGCUGAAACAAGAAGAAGACCAGCAUAAGAAGGAGGAGCAGGAGAAGGAGCUACAGGCCCAGAUGGAAAAAGAGAGAGAAAAAGCUAAAGUCCAGGCUCAAGAGGAUGCCGAGAGACAGCGGCAGGACAGAGAACUGCAGGCGCAACAGGAAGAGGAGGAGAGGCAACUGAGAAAAAAGAGGAUCGAGGAGAUCAUGAAGAGAACUAGGAAGGGUGAAGCUGACAUGAAGAAGGAGGAGCAGGUGGAGACGAGGGCCGUCUCACCCCCAGGUGAAGAAAAGACUGUUCAAACUAAUGCUCAGGUGAACGAGCAGGUGAUCAAAAAGGUUGAGUUUCAAGUCAAAGAGCAGGUGACAGUCCAGGUCAACACGAAGGAAUGUGCCCCGGUGAAGAAAGAAGCAGCAGCAGCAGCAGCAGUGGCACAGAUAGACAAUCAGAAGAGUUUACCAGUAAAAAACACCCAACAGGUGACACCAAGUCACAGUGUUCCUCACAAGAGACCAGAAACCAAGCAGAGCAGUGACGAGCGCUGCGGCCAACCCAACAGAGAGGCCAAAGAUGGUGCCAUCAAACAACCGGGAAGAGAGGUAGACAUGAACGUAAACCAUCAGCAGAGGGCAAACGUUAAAGCCGCUGACCAAAUUAAAAAAGAGCCAACAAGGACGGCAACAGAUGCCAAAGUCAACCAAAAGAAGGCCGGUGGAGGUGGAGGUGGUAUGAUGAAUGGAGCAGUGAAGGGUGAAGGAAGUGCCUUGAUGAGCAGCCAUCCAGCUGCUGAGGUAAGCAAACAACAGAGCCAGCGUGUGACAACAGCUGAGAGGAAAACUAAAGUAGGGUCCCAGGUGGAGGUUAUUAGACCCUCUGUGACAACCCUGCCGGUGGGACACCUGUCACCGCCGAUCAUCAAGCUGGAGCCGCUGGAUGUGAAGGGUACGGGGACGUGUGACGAGGUGCAGUCCAUGGAGGUUAGCCCGGCUUCCAAAGAGGAACUGAUUUCGAUCCCGGAGUUCUCGCCGGUCAACGAAAUCCAGAACAGCAGUUUGAGUAACACCCGAGCUCUCGAAGAUCUGAUGGACCUGACAGGCAGCACCACCUACCCCAAACUGUCCUCCGAAGACACCGCUGGGGACUGCAACAAGAACCUCAUCGAGGGCGUUGUUAGUCCCAUGUCGGACUCAAAGGUCAUCGGGGUGUCGCCUCCGUCCUCGAAUAAACUCAGCAUUAAGUAGUCCAUUAAUCUAGCUCGUCUCCUACCUUGCCUUCUCUCUCUUCCCUCUCUCCGUCAUAGUUUGAGUCACUACAUUUAUGGGAAUAGAGCCAUAGAGUUUGACUUAAAAAAAAGAAAAGAAAAUGAAAUACUGUAAACCGUGACUUGCAAUAUAAACCUGACAUUUCCUAUAUUCUAAUCACAUAUCAACUGACCAUUGAAAUGAUGUAAGAUUUUGUGUCUUCUAUCUGUAAUGAGAUAAGUGUGUGUGAGAGAGCACAUGUGAAAGAGCUUCAGGGAGAGAAGGUGUGUCUGAAUGUGUGAGGUAAUGACAAAAGACAAAUAUCAGGGUUUUGAAUAUUAUAAAAACACAGUAUUGCUAACGUAUGUUAAGAAUCUUUCAUCUUUUCUGCACAGAUUCCUCACUGGGUCCCAGUUCAGCCCCAGUACUGGAGUAACAAGCCUGCUGAGAGCGUUGAUGACUGUACCUCUGCCUUUCCACGUACCCUCUUAAGCCUUUAAAUCAAAUUCAGUGUGACGCUGGGAAAGGCAUGACUAUUUCGUUUUCAAGGAGGCCUGAUUUGUAAUUCUUGUCCUUUCUAGGUGAUGUUAUUCCUGCAUGUAGUGAUAAGUGAUCCGGCUGGAAUUUAAAGGAGAUGUAUUAUGCUUAUUUUCAGGUUCAUAAUUUUACGUUGGGUCACCACAAGAAUAGGUUUACAGGCUUUAAUGUGAACCCCCCCGCCCCCCGUAUACCCAGAGGUCCUCUGAUUGGUCAGCUCACACACGCUUGAGCCAGCUCUGCUCACUGUGUCUCCGGUCAGUUCUGUCCUGUUUUCAGUUUCCAUCUACUUUCACACUUACUGUGAAUAUAGGUAUAACUUAUGCAAAUAUGUGACACGGUGAUAUAGUGUGAUGUCACACAAUUAAAGGCGGGACUACUGACGUGGCAUUCAGACACUUCAGAAGAGGAGCUCCCACUGGCCCUGACUUUGGGCUUUCUAACUUUCAAGAUUUUUCACAUGCACAAGCACCUAUAGAACACACUGAAGG